AAGCUGAGCUCCGCAAAGAGGUGCUGCCAUAGGUGGCCCUGCGCAGCACAGCGUUGCAGCCAUGUGCGCCAUUCACCGUGAUGAAGGCUGCGCCGCGGGCAGAGCGGAAGUCGCUCCCAGAAGAGGCCCAGCUGACGGAGCAGCGCAGGUUGGCGAAGCAGGCGGCGCGACAGGGCCAGUGGAGCCUCUGCCUGCGCCUGGCGCGGGCAAAUGACCCGGUGGUGCUGAGCUGUGCGGUUCAGGCCUGUGCAAAGGCCAGGCGGUGGCAGCAGGCUCUCAGCACGCUGCAGACGGCCCAGGCGCGGGCGCUGGACUUGGGCGUCGUGGCGCUGAACUCUGCUGCCAGUGCCGCGUCGAGUGGGCGCUGCUGGCAGGUGGCCCUGCGGCUGCUGGAGGCGCCAACCUCGGAUGCAACCAGUGUGAACAUCGCCAUCGCCGCCUGCGCCCGGGGCAAGCACUGGCAGGGUGCGCUGAAGCUGCUCGAGGAGAUGCCCAUGAGGAAGCUGGCGCAGGAUGUUUUCAGCUUCAACUCCGCGAUGAAGGCCUUGGCGCGCUGGCCCAUGGUGCUCGCGCUGCUGCGGCUCAUGCCCAAGGUCCAGGUGGCCCCGGACGCGGUGAGCUACAACUCUGCCAUGGCCGUGGCCCCGCGGGGCAUCGGUGAGGAGCUGCUGGCGGAGAUGCUGCGGCAGAAGGUGCUGCCUACGGUGAUCACCUUCAACACUGCCAUGGCUGCCAGCCAGGAUCCCCUGAGCUUGCUUGAGGAGCUCAAGGCUUGGAGCCUCCAGCCCAACGUCAUCAGCUUGAACAGCUGCAUCAAGGCCUGCGGUGAUUGGCAGCAAUCCCUGGCGCUGCUGCUGCGGAUGGAGGGGGAGUAUGUGGCGGCAGACCUCAUCUCCUUCAACAGUCUCUUGGUGGGCGGCGCACCUUUUCAUUUGAUGCUGCCCGCCAUGGCACAGCGAAGGCUUUCACCUGACCUGGUGUCUUACAGCGCUGCUGUCAGCCGUUGUGCGGCAAAAGGUGGCUGGGAAGAAGCGCUUGCCCUUCUGGCUUCCUGCCCAGGACGCCCCGACAUCGCCAUCCUGAAUGCUGCCAUGACAGUUUGCGCAGAGGCGGGCCAAUGGGAACGUGCUCUGCACCUUCUCAACCUGGAGCUUCUGCGGCGUUCGCUUUCGCCGGAUGUGGUGAGCUUCAACGCUGCGAUUGCUGCCUGUGACAAGGGCCAGCAGUGGGACUUGGCGCUGGUGCUGCUGCAACGUCUGCAGAAGAAGCUCCGGCCCAGCCUCAUCAGCUACAGCUCGGCGGCCAGCGCCUGCGAGGGCGCCAAGCAGUGGCCAGCGGCGCUUUCUCUGCUACUGGCAAUGAGGCAGACGGCCCUGCGCCCGGAUGACGUGGCCUUCAACACGGUUAUGAGUGCAGCCACCAGCGGGCAGCAGUGGACCAGAGCGCUGGGCGUUUUGGAGGCCAGAGAGGCUGACGGCAUUUCUUUCACUGUAGUGACGUGCAAUGCUGCCAUCACUGCCAUGGCUUGCGCUGCCAACAGCGACAAAGCGCUGCUGCUUCUGCAAAGGUUCGGGUAACAGUUGCAGGCACAAACAGAAGU